AUGGCUGGGUCAGCUAGUUUGCGUAAUCAGAAGGAAGUAGUUACGCCACCUUUGAAAGGAUCUUUUCUGCUUGAUCGAGAAGGUAAAUGUAAAUUGGAGAUGUUGGAUUACAUGCUUUGUUUGGACGAACGCAAGAAUGUUACUGAAAAUUGCCGCUCUCUAGCUAAAGAGUAUUUGGAGUGUCGAAUGAAAAACAAACUGCUUGAACGCGACGACUGGGAAUAUCUUGGAUUUGCAGAUGAGAAGCCAAAGGUGGCCGGCGAAAAUAAGGAUAAACGUUGA